AUGUGUGACAUCAAGAAAUCGUUAGAUGCCGGCGGGAAUUGUAUAUUGGAAAUGCCCUCGGGAACAGGUAAGACUGUUUCUUUGUUAUCAAUUACGGUGGCCUACCAAAUGCACUAUCCAGAACAUCGAAAGAUCAUUUAUUGCUCACGUACGAUGUCAGAGAUUGAAAAGGCUUUGCUUGAAUUGGAAAAACUCAUGGACUAUCGGUCCAAAGAGUUGGGUUAUAUUGAGAAUUUUCGGGGCUUGGGUUUGACCAGUAGAAAGAAUCUGUGUCUACAUCCAACCAUUAGUAAAGAGCGUAAAGGUAUUGUCGUUGACGAGAAAUGCAGAAGAAUAACCAAUGGUCAGUUGAAAGAAAAAGUGAACUCGGGAGAGGCAGACGUUGAAGAUUUAUGCUCAUUUCACGAGAAAAUGUAUGACAUUGAUCCAACAAACUACGUACCCCCAGGAAUUUAUCCCUUUGAGAAGUUGAUUGACUAUUGUAAAACUGAGGGCACGUGCCCUUAUUUUACAGUAAGACGUAUGAUGCAAUAUUGUAACAUUAUCAUCUACUCAUACCACUACCUUAUUGAUCCUAAGAUUGCAGAAAGAGUUUCAAAAGAUUUGAGUGGUGAUAGUAUUGUUAUCUUCGACGAAGCGCAUAAUAUUGAUAAUGUUUGUAUUGAGUCUUUGUCAAUGGACAUAACUGACGAUGUAUUGAAAAAGGCAACAAAAGCAGCAGAGAGCUUAAACAAGAAAGUUGAAGAAGUUAAAAAGGUUGAUAGUCAAAAGUUACAAGACGAGUAUGAGAAGUUAGUAGAGGGAUUGAGGGAAUCUAAUAUUGUCAAUCCGGGUGAGGAAACAUUUGUUGCCAAUCCGGUUUUGUCUUCAGAUGUGCUGGAUGAAGCUAUUCCCGGUAGUAUUAGAAGAGCAGAGCAUUUUAUAUCGUUUAUGAAAAGACUAAUUGAAUAUUUGAAGACCAGAAUGAAAGUUUUGCAUGUUAUUGCUGAAACGCCCACAUCUUUUCUACAACACUUAAAACAAUUGACUUUCAUUGAUAGGAAACCGUUAAGAUUCUGUUCUGAGAGGCUAUCAUUAUUGGUGAGAACUUUAGAGGUUUCAGACGUUGAAGAUUACAUGGCGUUGAAGGACAUUGCGACCUUUGCAUCUCUUGUUUCUACAUAUGAAAAUGGCUUUACGCUUAUUUUGGAACCUUUUGAAACCGAAAAUGCUACGGUUCCCAAUCCCAUUCUUAGGCUAUCGUGUUUGGACGCCUCCAUUGCUAUAAAGCCUGUGUUUGAGAGAUUUUCAAGUGUUAUAAUUACGUCAGGUACCAUUUCUCCUUUAGAUAUGUAUCCCAAAAUGUUGAAUUUUGAGACUGUCAUCCAAGAAUCUUACAGCAUGACAUUGGAUCGUAGGUCUUUCUUACCAAUGAUUGUUUCCAAGGGAAGUGACCAAGUUGCCAUUUCAUCAAGAUUUGAGAUUAGAAACGAUCCCAGCGUUGUGAGAAACUAUGGAACUUUGGUGAUUGAGUUCUCAAAGACGACUCCAGAUGGAUUGGUUGUUUUCUUUCCCUCGUAUUUGUAUAUGGAAAGUAUCAUCUCACAAUGGCAAACCAUGGGUAUUUUAGAUGAAGUGUGGAAGUAUAAAUUAAUUUUAGUUGAAACGCCAGAUGCACAGGAAACCUCAUUGGCACUAGAGACAUACAGAAAAGCAUGUUCUAACGGACGAGGGGCAGUUUUGUUUUCAGUUGCUAGAGGAAAAGUCAGUGAAGGAAUUGAUUUUGACCAUCACUAUGGGCGUACUGUUUUAAUGAUUGGGAUUCCAUUUCAGUACACUGAAUCACGUAUUUUGAAGGCCAGAUUGGAGUUUUUGAGGGAUAACUAUCAAAUCAGGGAGAAUGAUUUCCUAUCUUUCGAUGCAAUGAGACAUGCGGCGCAGUGUUUAGGGCGUGUCUUAAGAGGUAAGGACGAUUACGGUGUCAUGGUCUUGGCAGAUCGUCGAUUCUCUAGAAGGAAAGGACAGUUACCUAAAUGGAUAGCGCAAGCGUUAUUGGAUGCAGACACUAACCUGUCGACAGAUAUGGCAGUUGCCAGUGCCAAGAAGUUCCUACGUACAAGUGCACAACCAAUUGAUCCCCUAGACCAAGAGAGUGGUGUCUCCGUUUGGACAUAUGAGCAACUGUUGCAACACCAAAAGAAGCAACAGGGAAAGCUGGGCUACGAAGAGGAGAACGAAAAUGGAAUGGAUAUUGACAAUGACAAUGACAAUGACAGUAACCCUGGCAACAACGUUGACGUUGAUGUUGCCAUGGAGGAUGCCAACUAUAAUGGUAAUGCGGCUGAUGUUGACAUGAAACGAGUCACUGUACAAUGA